AUGGCAGAGACAGCCGACGGCAGCUCGGCAACUGCAGCGAAGGUGAUGCAAGAUGAAGCUGCCGACAAAGCUGCAGCUCAUGACGAGCCAGCACGGAGCUCUUCCAAAGCCGAUGAGCCCGCGGAACUAAGAUCGAAGGAACUUGCGCCCGCUCCCGAUUCUGGAGGUGAUUUGGACGGUCAUCCUGCAGAAGUGCAGGGUGAUGAAGAUCAGGAGGCCCGGAAGCGAGUCCGACUGCUCCAAGAGCAGCAGCGGUUGCAGCAGAGGAUGCGGCAGCGAAUCUGCCAGGGCCCUGCCAGCGAGGAUGCGACGGCCCCGCCAUGUCCUCCACUCCUUCCCAUGCAGGCGCAGCAAAAUGCCGGGCAUGCUGCAUUCGACGGCUUGCCUGCAGCGAUUCCAGGCCUAUUCCGAGAAGCGCCGCGAAUGGAUCCACGCGACGUCCAGGUGUGGGCCGACUUCCGAUCGGCGUUCAAGAAGUACAUGCUCCAAUUGUCAGAGGAAGCGCUGCAGCAGAGCUUACCUCAGGUGGAUUUGCGCCGGAUGCGGUUCUCUGCCAAUGCCCUGGGCGGGCUGGUCAGUGGCCAGGUUUGCAUGAACUACUUGAACAACUCCUGCCGGCGUGGGCUGCGCUGCAUUGAUCGCCACCCUCCUCGAAGUCAGUGGGCGAGGUGUCGAUCUGAGCUGAAGCGCAAGCCGUGCCCCAUGGGCGACCAAUGCUUUCUGCCUUCGUGCCUCUACUUCCAUCUUACAGAGGGACAGGACAGUGCUGCACACCAGGCGGAGAUGGAGGGAAUCGCCUCGGCAGACCAAAGGAGACCCGGCAGCGCAGCGCAGCACGCUGACCCGUGA